AAAAAAGAGGCACUAACAAAAAUAAAACAAGAGUUUGUGGCUGCUGAAAUUCUUCAAACCCAACUGAUGGUGAUGCUGAUGUUCUUCUUCUUCUGACAUUCUCUCUCUCUUCUCUCUUUUCGCAGCUUCUUCUUCAUCUUCGGCUUAACAACAACAAAACUUCACACACGUGGUGAGAGAGCACACAAAGGCUCAAGCUUUUUCAAACCCUUGUUGAAAUUCGAGCUCUUUUGGUGUUUCUCUUUUUUUUGUUGGUAUCAAUUUGGUGUUUCUCUUGGUCUUGUUGAGGUACUGAAUCAGCUUCUUCUUCUUCUCCGAUCUUAAUCGAUUCUAAGUUUCUUCACAGCUUGGGACGAUUUGACAUCUACUCUCCAAUUCAUUUCCCGUAAAGUUGUUUUUUUUUCUUCUUGUUGCUUGCAAUACAUGGAUUCUUCGAGGUGAUAAUCAACAAAAGCUUAUCUCUUUUGUUUUCUCAAGGUUUGUGUAUUAGAGAUUAGUGUUUUUGUUAGAUUUGGGGAUAAUAUAUAGAUAAUCUGGGUUUAGGUAUUUUAGUUGAUAACGACGAUAAAUUGGAGUAAUAGGAUAUGACUAUAAUGGAGGAGAAGCAGAACAACAGUCCUGUGGGAGAGAAGCAACAGAGCUUUAAUGGUAUAAUAAUAAACCAAACACAAGAGAAUCAGACAAAAUCAAUGGAGAAACAACAGAGUUUCCGAUGUGUGGUGGAGAAUCAACCGAGAAAGGCGAGAGCUUUAGAGAAACAAGUGAGUUUCCAAGGUGUGAAUGUAGAGAACUAUCAGCAAAGCAGACUCGGAAGAUCAAUGGAGAAGCAACAGAGUUUUCGAGGUGUCAACGUUGAGAAUCAUAAACGUGGAGUUAUGGAGAAGCUACCGAGUUUUGGUAGAGCAACAAUGGAGAGGCAGAAGAGUUUCCGUGGUGGGUUUUUGGAGAAGCAGAAGAGCUUCCGUGUGGUGAUGGAGAGGCAAUUGAGUUUUAUAGGUGAGAGGAGGAAGAAGAAUGAAUCACCAGGGAAAAGAGGAGACUCUUCUCUUCAUAUCGCUGCGAGAACCGGGAACUUAAGUAAGGUUAAAGAACUGAUUCGAGGUUGUGGUGAUGAGUUGAAAGAGUUGUUGUCAAAGCAAAAUCUUGAAGGAGAGACUCCUCUUUAUACUGCAGCAGAGAAUGGGCAUUCAAUUGUUGUUGAGGAGAUGUUGAAGCAUAUGGACCUUGAAACUGCUUCCAUCGCUGCUAGAAACGGGUUUGAUCCAUUUCAUGUCGCCGCCAAACAAGGCCAUCUCGAGGUGUUGAAGAUACUGUUGGAGACAUUCCCUAAUUUGGCAAUGACAACGGAUUUAUCGUGUACAACUGCGUUACACACUGCUGCAACACAGGGACAUAUUGAUGUGGUGAAUCUUCUUUUGGAGACAGACUCUAAUUUGGCUAAGAUUGCUAAGAACAACGGUAAAACUGCGCUUCACUCUGCAGCAAGGAUGGGUCAUGUGGAAGUUGUUAAAUCUCUGAUAGGUAAGGAUCCAAGCAUUGGGUUUAGAACCGAUAAAAAAGGGCAAACUGCUCUUCACAUGGCUGUAAAAGGUCAAAAUGAUGGGAUUGUUGUUGAGUUGGUGAAACCUGAUGUUGCUGUUUUGAGCGUUGAGGAUAAUAAAGGAAAUACACCAUUGCACAUUGCCACAAACAAGGGGCGUAUUAAGAUAGUACGGUGUUUGGUAUCUUUUGAAGGCAUAAACCUCAACCCAAUAAACAAAGCUGGAGAUACGCCACUCGAUGUCUCUGAGAAGAUAGGAAACGCAGAGCUUGUGUCAGUUCUGAAGGAAGCAGGAGCUGCUACAGCUAAAGAUCUCGGAAAGCCUCAGAACCCAGCUAAGCAACUGAAGCAAACAGUCAGCGACAUCAAACAUGAAGUACAAUCUCAGCUUCAGCAAUCCAGACAAACAGGUGUAAGAGUCCAGAAGAUAGCAAAAAGACUCAAGAAGCUACACAUUAGUGGUCUAAACAACGCUAUAAACUCAGCAACUGUUGUGGCAGUGCUUAUUGCCACAGUGGCUUUCGCAGCAAUCUUCACAAUACCCGGUCAGUACGAAGAGGACCGGUCGAAAGGAGAGUUGCUAGGACAAGCUCAUAUAGCAAACAAAGCACCGUUUCUGGUCUUCUUCAUCUUUGACAGCUUGGCACUGUUUAUAUCCUUAGCUGUUGUUGUGGUGCAGACUUCAGUUGUUGUGAUUGAGCAGAAGGCGAAAAAGAAGCUUGUGUUUGUAAUCAACAAGCUCAUGUGGUGUGCUUGUCUGUUCAUAUCCAUUGCCUUUGUUUCUCUCUCUUAUAUUGUUGUUGGCAAAGAGGAGAUGUGGUUGGCUGUUUGCGCGACUGUUAUCGGCGGCACGAUUAUGUUGACUACGAUUGGUGCGAUGUGCUAUUGUGUGGUCAUGCAUAGGAUGGAAGAAUCUAAAUUGAGGAGCAUAAGGAAAGAAAGAAGCAAGUCUCAGUCUUUCUCUAUGUCUCGUAUGCCGUCUGAUUCAGAUAUUCUAAAUGGUGAAUACAAUAAGAGAAUGUAUGCCCUCUGAUUUGUAGAGAAUUUGGAUACUGAGAGAUUUACGCAGAAUGUAAGAAUAACCAAUAUAUAUAUACUUGUAUUUUGUACCUGUAAGCCAUUGCUAUUUGAGCUUCUCGACUAGAAUAACAGAUCUGUAAUGAGUUCAUUAUCUGUGUAAUGUCUACCUUACGAGAGAGAGAAAAGCUCACUGUACCCUGAAGAACAGUCUCAAAGCAAUUUGCCCUUUUCUAAUAUCCGAUGAAUUAAGGAAUGAAAAUGAAGAAACUAUAACUGGAUGCAUUUCUUUUGAUGGCUUCACAGUUCUGCUGCUCCUACGAUCUAGCUAUAGUUGAGAUGUUAACAGGAAUCAUCAUCAACCACGUCUGGUGGAGUCAUCGGUUCUGUGUCUGGUGCUUCCACCGCGGUUAGCAUCUGUCUGGUAACGAGUGGAACCCUCUAGAUUCUUAGUCAUGGUGGUUGUUUUAGAAUGAACAAGACUAAGGGAUUUGGCUGCGGAGGAGCAGUGCCGGACUUUGAUAGAGUGGCUUAUUGUUCUGGUCGAGCAGCUUCCCUGAACGAUUAUGAUCAGGGUCACUUCUUUGUCAGAACUUUCUUCAGACAAUGAGUUUUGUUGGAUGCCAUCAAUGAACUCCUCCGAGUUGUGGGAGUCUUCAUGAUGAACCUUCACCUGCAGUGAAGCAUCUGGUUUUAUAAUCCCAGCUCCUGGAGAAACCUAGAUAGAGUUUUUUGUUUUACAAUAAAAAUCAUUAAAUCAUGUCUAAGUCUAUGGCAAAAACAGCAAUUCAGUGGCGUAAAA